CCCCAUCCCACAUACCUGAAAUGACAGUGUAUGUUGCUUCAGCCAGAAUGAAAGACUUGGGCAGGACUCAACACCUGACUAUGGCAUUCUCAUAGUCGUUGAAACUCACCUUGUGAGACUGUUAGGAUGACUGAGCUGCCUUGCUGGAAAUAUACUGCUGCUGUCGGUGGAGAUUGAUUCGGUGCGAGGCUUUGUCGAACUGUUCAGCAAAGGUUGGAGUGGACAGGUAUCACUCAAGAUGGAUGUCAAGAAGAAGAACUUCUUGGAGAACUUGCGUCAGAAAACCAAACUGGCCAACCUGAAGAAGCCACGUAAAAAGCUAAAUGACAAGUACGGGAGGAAGCUGGCCCAUCGGCGCAGUAUUUCUGUACCAGACCUACGGUUGGUUCCAGGUGAAGCAUCUUCUAUAGAGCUGAUGUCCAGUGCUUCUGAAGCCAUUUUCUUUGGCGUCUCUCCUGGAUUGAGUGAUACUGAUUCUGUUGCAAGUGGGCCCAACAUUGACGGACCACUCUUCACAGACAAACUGAACGAUUAUGUCUCAGAAACUACACUCAGAGUUCCCGCAAAUCACACAGAUUCUGCUUUGAAUAGAAUGAGUGCACCAGUGCACAGACUGAUGCCUGGUGAGGAAAUUGAUUACAUGAUGAAUUCAGGCUCAGAGAACAAGGUGGAUGUGACUCUUGAAGGCUUGUAUGCACAAGUGAAUAAAAAAGCUCACGUCAGUAUACCUAAAUUUGAUUUUGACCCAGUUCCUGCACCAAGAUCUGUUUUUACCAACGCACUCGCCGUUUCACCGAGGCCAGACCUCAUAGAGAGAGAAAGUCUGUCUGGUGACGAUGCCCCGAUGGACACAGUGUUUUCAGGUCCUGUUUCUGCGGCACUGGCCAGAGCAAGCUCACUUGGAGACCAAAUGACUCCUUACAAAGAAAAGAAGGCCACACCAUGUGAGCCAAGGAAGCCAUCAUCUGAAAAACAGACUCCACCAACAGUGCCAAAAUAUCCCGUAGAUAGAACAUCUCUGAUAUUAGAUACUCAGAGUACUCCUUUGGAGAAUGCAGAUGGUACUCCUCUGGACUCUGCCUGUGGGACUCCUAAUGACGAGCGAGUCACCAUGCCCUGGACGACAGACUCAGAGGAUCUGGACCAAGAACCCUGCUCUCCUCUUUUCAUGAGAGGCAUCUCCAUGGAAGAGACUCUGCUAGAAGGAGGACAGUCUGCAGACCCCCUGAAAGAACUAGCAGAGAUUUCCAGUGAGCAGUGUGAUCUCUUUGAUGAAAAUGUGAUAGAUCCUCUGGAAAGCUCUCAGGUCAUGACCAGUGGGACUGAGGUUCAAAUACCUGCUGCAGUCCAGAGGUACCUCCUGAGCAUCAACCUAAAGGAGGGAAAGAACCUGGUCAUCAGAGACAAGCGCUCAGGCACCAGUGAUCCUUAUGUGAAGUUCAAACUCGAAGGAAAACAACUUUAUAAAAGCAAAGUGGUUUAUAAAAACCUGAAUCCAAAGUGGAAUGAGUCCUUCUCCUAUCCUCUUCGAGACAGAGAGCACGUCGUUGAACUGCGGGUCUACGAUAAAAAUCGGACUGCUGAUGAGUUCAUGGGUUCCAGCUUUAUUUGCCUGAAAAACCUUGAUUUGUACAGACGCUAUGAAAUGGAGUUGCCUCUUGAUGAUCCAAAAAGCAAAGAAGUUGAUAUGGGCGUUAUUUUGGUUGAAGUCUGCUUAAUGUUUCGAGAUGCCACCAUCAAAAGGGGCCCAAGAUGGGUACAAAAGAAGAAUAAGCAGAACCAGGCCACACCAACCCAGCGGCCUGCUGAAAUGCCAAAGAAUCAGCUGAAGAGCCAGAUGUGGAAUGGGGUGCUUGGUAUCACCUUGGUGGAGGGACAGGACCUGCCGCAGUAUGGCCAAGGGGACAUUUACGUCCGCUUUCGUCUCGGUGAUCAGAAGUACAAGAGCAAGAACCUUUGCAUUCAGGCCAAUCCCCAAUGGAGAGAACAGUUUGACUUCAAUCAGUUUGAAGAUAACCAGGAACCUCUGCAGGUGGAGGUGUUCUCUAAGAGAGGGAGGAAGGGUGAGGAAUCAUGGGGGAUGUUUGAGAUUGACCUAUCGAGACUACCACUUAAUGAGAGGCAGCUCUACAAUCAUGUGCUGGACCCAGGAAAGGGCAGGCUGGUGUUUCUGGUCACCCUGAGACCCUGCUGGGGAGUCUCCAUCUCUGACGUUGAAACAGCUACCUUGGAAAAGCCUAAUGAGAGAGACACAGUCAUGGAGAAAUUUUGCUUAAGGAACUCACACAAGUGUAUGGGGGAGGUUGGCUUCCUUCAGGUCAAGGUUAUAAGGGCAAACGAUCUUCCCGCAGCAGACCUCAAUGGAAAAAGCAACACCUUAUGUGUUGCUGAGCUCGGUAACAGCAGACUUCAAACUCACACAGUCUACAAGACCCUCAAUCCAGAGUGGAGCAAAGCCUUUACAUUCCCAAUUAAGGACAUUCAUGAUGUGAUAGAGCUGACUGUCCUUGAUGAAAAUGGAGACAAAGCCCCAAACUUUUUGGGGAAAGUGGCCAUUCCAUUACUGGAUGUUCAGAAUGGGCAACAGAUAUGUCUGCUCUUGAAGAAAGAAGACUUGGGAGGUGUAUCAAAAGGAACCAUCACACUGGUGCUGGAGGUUAUCUAUAACAAAGUCAGAGCUGGAAUCAGAACCUUCAAACCAAAGGAGACAAAAUUAUUGGAGGAAAACUCGAAGUUCUCCAAAAAGGUUCUUGCCCGGAAUAUAUAUCGGGUUCGAAAAAUCAGCACAGCAGUUCUGUACACGUUACAGUACAUUAAAAGCUGUUUUCAAUGGGAGAGCACGCAACGGAGUCUAAUAGCCUUUCUGAUCUUCCUUGUGACGGUGUGGCACUGGGAGCUCUUCAUGCUGCCCCUCUUCCUGCUUCUACUCAUUGGAUGGCACUACUUCCAGCUCUCUGCAGGGAAGGCAAGCUCCAGCCAGGACCUAGUGAACAUGAGCAUGGGUGACGACGAAGAGGAAGACGAAAAGGAAGCUGGAAAAAAAGGCUUGAUGGAUAAGAUACAUAUGGUGCAGGAAGUAGUGCUGGUUGUCCAGAAUGUUUUGGAGGAAAUCGCAAACAUCGGAGAACGAAUAAAGAACAUAUUCAACUGGUCUGUCCCUUUCCUGUCAUGCCUGGCCUGCUUGGUGCUGUUUGUGGCAACGGUCCUACUAUAUUUGAUCCCACUGCGAUAUAUUGUGCUCAUAUGGGGCGUUAACAAAUUUACCAAGAAGCUGCGCAACCCAUAUAAUAUUGACAAUAAUGAAAUACUGAAUUUCCUCAAGAGGGUGCCUUCUGAUGUUCAAAAGGUGCAGCACAGCGCUCUGAGAGCACCCAUCAGCCAAAGCCAGCCGCGGCGGAAAAGGUAAGCUCCGCAGAUACGCUGGAAAGGUUGGUCUGCUUUUGAAUACGGUACAGCGCAGUCCACCUGACAACAAUGCUCCAGUGCCAGCGGAGCCCAUGACCCCGUGCACCCCACCGUACCACCCUAACUCUGCCUCCUGCUGCUGAGGGGCAGCCUCUCUGGCUUGUGUACUUGCCACCCCCCCUGACAGAGGCUGUGAACUGCAGCAGCUAGGAGGGCAGCACAUGGUGCUGUCAAUCACAAGCCUGGAGGUAAAGAAAAGAAAGCGCCGCAAGGCUCAGCCUUCAUCUUUGGAUAUAAUUUAGAAAAGGAAUGAAAGGGCUGGUUUUGGUUUACCGUAGACCUCCAGUGUUAUGCUUUGUUUUUGACUUUGGUGAAACUGAGAAAUUUGCUUUAGGUUAAAACACGCUUAUUGAAAACAAACCAUGUGAAUGUUUUUUUUUCCUUAAUCUGUGUACUGAUAUAAUUAAAGGUCAGAAGGUCAUAAAUCUUGCAGUCGUUUGUCAAAUAAUUGCAACAAUGUUAUGUUAGGACAUCUUAAUGUUACUGUUCUUUAUGUGGUAAGGAUUUACCGUAUGUAACGUAAUGUUGUCAGCUUUCUCAAUUUUAUCUCAGCAACAAAUAUAUAUUUAUAUGUAUGUGUAAUAUUUCCAGCUGACUUAUUUUUUUAAUUAAAGUUUCUAUGUUACUGUAUGUGAGGCCGAUUCAUUUGAGAGUUUUAUUUUCACUCAGUAUCGUGUGCGAGUCCUGAAUAAAGAAUCUUUAUCAGUUUUGA